UAGAUCUGGAUCCCGAACCAGAGCCCAGAUUUGAUGGAAGAGGCCAGCCUGGGCCCACGUUGGAAAUAGACAAUGGCGUCCAUUCACGCCUACGCAGCUCUUCAUUGGAAAUCCGAGAGAAAGAAAUUCGCGAGAAGGGUUCUGAGAUCCUCAGCGAACAGUUAGAUGCUGCGAAGAAGGAACUAAAACUCAAAGAUAAGGAGUGUGAGCGUCUGUCGCAGGUCAGAAAUCAACUGGAACAAGAACUGGAGGAGCUCACAGCCAGUCUGUUUGAGGAGGCUCACAAGAUGGUGCGGGAGGCCAACGUCAAACAAGCCGGCGCUGAGAAACAACUGAAGGAGGCUCAGGGAAAGAUUGAUGUCCUCCAAGCGGAAGUGACGGCACUCAAGUCUCUGGUGUUGACGUCCACGCCGUCCUCGCCGAACCGCCAGCUGCAUCCCCAACUGCAGCCUCCGGUCACCAGACAGAUUGGUGGUCACAAUCGAAACAAGAGUAUGAGCGGUGUUCUUCCAUCCCCACUCGGGACCAAUGCACUUCCAGUACAACCAGUGGCCAAAGAGGACCGAGAGAUGGACUCGGUUCUUUACGCGGAGUUCCUCAUGUGGAAGGAGCAUCCGAGUCUCGAUCGCUCGUCCGCCCUCAUGGGUCGCAUCUACAGAGAAGACAUCGCCCCCUGCCUCUCUUUUACUCGAUCUGAGCUAUCCCAGCUGGUGCAGACCGCCGUCGAAAGCAACUCUUUGACCAUCGAGCCCGUGGCCAUGUCAGCGUUACCGCUGGUUAAAGCCUCAGCGAUAGAGUGCGGAGGACCUAAAAAAUGUGCAUUAAGCGGCGUGUCGCGACUGUGCCGACAUCGCAUAAAACUCGGUGACAAGGGGAACUACUACUACAUUUCCCCCUCCAGCCGGGCACGGAUCACGGCCGUUUGCAACUUUUUUACGUAUAUCCGCUACAUCCAACAAGGCCUGGUCAGGCACAAUGCUGAGCAGAUGUUCUGGGAGAUGAUGCGUCUACGAAGGGAAAUGACUGUGGCCAAGUUGGGUUUCUACCUCAUUGAGCAGGGUUAGAGGACCUGAUUGACCAGUUGUGAUAUGAAGACCAAGACUGUCAGGCUCACAAUGUGGUAACAUAUCAGAGGUCAACAAAGAAAACAGUUGUACUACCACAAUAAGGCAAUGAAAGGCAAAGUGGAUUUUAAUAUGCUCCUAUGUUAUAAAAAUAUGUUUACAUGCAUAGUUUUUCAUCUUCAUGAAGUCACUACAAUCCAUACAAAUGAACGUAUGCAUUAUAAUUCAGACAUAUAUGUACCGGAAUAUUUACACAAGUAUAAUGUUAUAAAGCAAUAUUACACGUACACGUAAGUGCCACAUCGAUUUAAAAUGCUGGUGUCAAACUCAAGGCCCGGGGGCCAGAUCUGGCCCGCCACAUGAUUUUAAGCCAAAUCUAUAGUGUCAAUUUCCAUGAAUCUUGUAAAAAUCUCUACCAAAAUUUUAAAUUGUCAUAUAACAUAAAUUAUAACGUUGAGAUAUUACAAGCAUUUUUGUUUUACCAAACAUGAAUAGUUGAAAAACACAUUAGCCUUGAUUUCUGGUUCCAAAACUAGUUCAUAAAUUGAUGAUGUAAAUAUGAUGAGAUGAUUCAAUAUUUUUGUUCCACUGUCAUAAUGGCCCCCUGAGGGAAACCGGAACAACGUUGUGGCCCGUGAGAAAAAUGAGUUUGACACCCCUGAUUUAAAAGGUUUACAAACAUUUGAUCCCCAUUUGAUGUAUAGCACAAUCACCACAGCAGCUCAGCCGCAAGUAAACGUUUCAACAUAGUUUGUAAAUCUGCAGCUUCAUGUUGGCUUCCCUGUUAAAUGAGAUUUAUUUCUCUGCAGUUUUCGCUAAAUAAAAUUCAACACACAAGUGAAGAUAUGCACAUUCAAGAUCAACACAACAUUUGUACGAUACUGUAUGAGCCGUUAGAUGGAAUACGUUGUCCAUACCCGUCCUAUGCAAUUUACAUUGGCUGUUUUACCUCAUAGUAUACGUGUAUUGUUAGUUAUUUUUAACAGUCAACUGUAUUUUCAAGGUGAAAAUGAAGAAAUGUCCGGGUGCCGUAAGUCCAAUAGCCACUUCUUGGCCUCGAAGGCUUUGAGGUCUUCACAGCGUCAGUGUACCCAAAAGUGCCAACACUCCAUUAAAGUCUGACUAUGCCGCA